AUGGACAAGCUAUACAUAGAAGGCGAGACUGGUUAUCACGAAGAUGGCCACUCGAUGGACAUACCCCGAAUUCGCUCAUGGCUUCGGCUGUGCGAGGAGAAGCAUGAGAGGUGCCGGCUUCUGCCAUAUGGAACGAAACCCUCGAUAGCAAAACUGACCGUCAUCGAUGUUGAGCUCAUGUGUCUCACCGAACAGGCGGCCCCGCGCUACUUCGCCCUGAGCUAUGUGUGGGGGACAGGAGCAGUAUUCCGAGCGGUAAGCGCCAACGUUGAGAGGCUUAAGAUCCCUGGCGAGUUGGAGAAACUGGGCAACCAGAUUCCUCUGGUCAUCCGCGACGUCUUUCUCCUGAUGCGGCGUCUGGGCGAGCGCUAUCUCUGGGUCGACUCUCUCUGUAUUGUCCAGGACUGCGAGGACAUGAAGCUCAAGCUCAUCGGGAAAAUGGACAUCAUAUACGCCGAGGCAGCCUGCACAAUUGUCGCCCACGGAAGCUUUGAUGCCAACUCUGCCAUUCCCGGUAUUAGACAAGGUACGCGGCGACCUUACCGGGUCACAGCCUCCAACUGCCAUAGCGCAGCGGCCGGGAUCCAGAAUGAAAUGAUAGUCUGCUCUCCGUGCGACUACACUCAGUUUUCGACCGCCUAUGACACACGGGCUUGGACCUUCCAGGAGCAGCUGCUUUCAAGGAGGAGGCUGGUUUUUGGCGCCGAUGAAGCAUUUUUUAGCUGCCAGUCACAGGACGCAAGCGACUGGUGCGAGGAGCCCCUUACGUACAGUGACCGCGAAGCAAAAGCCAGGCCUUCAAAAGUCCUUUUCGACACGGACGGCUCUAGGGUCGCAUUUCUGCCGAACUUGAACCCCGAUCUUACAGGAAUGGCUGAUACAACCAAGACACGGCAGGCCCUCAUGUCUUUGUCUCGGCUGGUCUCUAGCCGCAUCGACAGCAAAGACAAGGCUGAAAUGUUCAGCACCAUCUUCUUCGCAUACACCUCAGCCGUGACACACUAUACCGGCCGGCAUCUCACCUGUCAGUCCGACAUUCUCAAGGCCUUCUCCGGCAUCCUGUCAACCAUCGAGCGUACCUGUGACUUCGGUCCAGACUCGACCAUAUAUGGUCUUCUUGGGAACUACCUUUUCUAUUGCCUUAACUGGGUGGGUAAGGCGGUGGUGCGCCGUCCGGGAUGGCCAUCCUGGUCAUGGAUCGGCUGGGAAUCUCAGGCGUUCUUUCUCGAACGUCACAACCCGGCUGAACUAGCUCCUCAAAUAAACGAGGCGUACUUGGUGGACCGUGGUGAAGUAAGGACGUUUACGCUUAAUAGCGAGGCUUCUGCUGCUAAUGACAAUGCUUCAAUUUCGCAAGUCUCUGCAGCAGGCCUUAGCUCUUCUGCACAACUCCAAUGUCUCUCCAGUCACAGCCCGGACCUCCCGGCUCUCGCAUUUUGGGGCCAGGUGACCGCCCCGGGUGCGCUCCAGAUCCGCUUCCAUCCGACUCGGAGGCAUCAAGUUCGCUUAUGGGCAAGUCGGGAACCCUAUCACAACAUCUGUGGGCACAUGCACGAAAAGUAUGACUUGGACGCCAAGAACCGGCCGACCGACGCAGAGUUUGACCAAUUCCGAUUGGUGUACCUCUCGCACAGCUCGCGGCGCUGCGUCUACCAUAUCUAUAAGGAUGUCGUAUGCGGAGGCUCGUGUAACUCGUUGGUUGUGGCCCAACUUAAGGGACCGGCCUUAGGUAGUCCCAAUAUUGUGUACUGCGAACGAGUUGGAAUGGCGGAGGUGUGUGGAACUGCGUGGAAAGAUGUGGUCAAAACUCGCGAAUUUGUUGCUCUAGUUUGA